GUAGUUUGAACGAUGGUUUCUCAAAAAGUAAAUUGUCCAUCGAGAAUGAUAACCUCGAGAUAAGUGUGUACCGAAAGUAAUAUAAAAGAUGCUUUACACUGAUUAAAGUUUACAGGUCACUCAACUGUAUAAUUUAAGUUGUUGAUAUUUACAUUGUUAAGAUGGAGGAUAAGGAACUUAUAGUAAAAACUGUGAUCCAUGCAGGAACAAAGCCAACCAAUUUUGUACCUGGCACCAAAGUUGUUUUUCAUUUUAAAACAACGAAAUGCAAUUCAGAGAGGACAUUACUAGACGAUAGCAGGGUUAUGGGGAAGCCGAUGGAGCUUGUUUUAGGCAAACAGUUCAAGCUGGAAGUGUGGGAAGUUAUCGUACAAAAGAUGGCGUUGAAUGAAGUGGCAUGCUUCAAAGUUGACAAGAGUCUAGUCACGGCAUAUCCCUUUGUGUCUAAAACACUAAGGGAAGUUGGGAAGCCACAGUCGGAGAAAAAGGCUCACCACUGUUGCGGUGUAACUUUACAGAACGAAGGAAUUGGAUACGAUGAUUUGAACGAGCUCAUUAAGUGUCCUCAAGAUUUAGAAUUUACAAUUGAACUUGUCCAAGUCAUUUUACCAGAAGAAUAUGAUAAGGAAUCUUGGCAAAUGACUGAAGAUGAGAAACUAAAAAGUAUCCCGGAUAUAAGAGAGAAAGGGAAUGCACUGUUCAAAGAGAAAAAUUAUGAAGGUGCUUGUGACAUAUAUGCAAAGGGCAUUGGAAUGUUAGAACAACUGAUGCUCGCGGAGAAACCAAACGAGGAAGAGUGGCUGGUAUUGAAUCGAUUGAAAACUCCGCUGUUACUGAAUUACGCGCAAUGUAAACUGAUUCAAAGAGAAUACUAUGCGGUCAUAGAACACUGCACUUCGGUUCUCAAACAUGACACAGACAACGUGAAAGCUUUAUACAGGAGAGGCAAAGCAUACAUAGGCGCCUGGGACGAAGAGAACGCCAUUAAAGAUUUAAAAAGAGCUGCCAAAUUGGAUCCUUUAUUACAGAAUACGAUCGAAAAAGAGUUGCAAGCAUUUUCCGCCGCUAUCAAGGAAAAGGAUCAAAUAGAAAAGAACAAGUUGUUGAAAUUGUUUAAAUGAACAGCGAGAGUAUAUACGAUGCUUCCGAUGAUUUUUAUUCAUGACUGUUUUGGAAUUUGUAUUCGUCAACGCACAAUAU